UAGCGCAGGUCCUUGUUGUCACGACAGUGAUGAGACCGCGUGCAUUUGAGCGGCUUUAAUUUGGAUAAAACUCGUUUUCUUAAUCAAACACAAAAACACGAUCAAAGCUUUUGACACAGGAUUUGAGGAACUGCGACCAUGAUUAUUCCAAUCCGCUGCUUCACCUGUGGGAAAGUCGUCGGUAACAAGUGGGAGGCGUAUCUGGGUCUUCUCCAGGCAGAGUACACUGAGGGUGACGCUCUUGAUGCCCUGGGCUGCAAGAGAUACUGCUGUCGAAGGAUGCUUCUUUCUCACGUGGAUCUUAUUGAAAAGUUGCUGAAUUAUGCUCCUCUAGAAAAAUAAUGGAAGAUCACCCACCCCACCCCUUGAAGAUGUACCUCACAUUUAAUUCCAUGGACAUAUUUAUGUUUAGAUUAAAAAAACAACUUAUGGUGAAACAUUGUGUUUCAGUAUAAGCAUUUAAAAACAAUAAAU